AUGGCUCAGCUGCCAGCCGUGUGGGAGGCUGUUCGUGCGUUUCGAGAACGGAGUCUUCGUGGCAUGAACCUGCUGCGAGGGGUCGUUUUGAAGGGUCACGGUCUGAGCCCGGUGGUUGUGGGCAACAUCGAAUGCUGCAGGCUCAACUCUGAUGUUUUGGCCACGAUCCUUAAAAUCAUGGCGGAUGAGGGGUGCAUCUUUAUUCCGAAGGUCUUCCUGUUGCAGGGCGCUUGCUUGGAGUUUCAUCGUCAUGCCGGCUACCCCGAUGCCCUUUCCCUCGGUCAAGCAGCUUAUGGUGAUGGGUGGGGAUUGAAGCGCCAGCUGAAUUUCCUGAAGCGGAAAUGGAUGCGUAAGCAAACACCUCGGGACAGAGCUGUCCGCAAGCUCGUCGCCGAGUUUGACCGGGCCUAUGGCAAAUUGCGACAGGCUGUCGGUGAUCGCAUCGCCAGGGCUCUGAGAGCUCGAGGGGAUGAAGAUGACGAUGACGAUGUUGAUCCUGAGGCAGAUGUGGAUUCGGAUCAGCCCAGGAAUGCUGAUGGUCCGAGUUCAAAGAAUGAUGAGGCCCCGGUUGCCUCAAUCUCAGAGGAGAUGGAGCCGACACUUGCCUCGACGAGUGCAGCCCUGCCCGACGAGGUAACGCCGGCACCGGUGCCGGAGGAAGGUGCUGCUGUGAACCCUGACCCCGAGGCUCACGAGGAAGCUCUGGCUGGGAACCCUGACCCCAAGUCUCACGAGGAAGCUCUGAUGCCUAGGGAACCCACUCGGAAUGAUUUGGAACAACAGCUGCGCAUACUUGAGCUGAAGCUGGAGGCGAAGCGAUUGUAG